AUGCCAAUCGACCCACAGAAGAUAGGACAUGUAGCUUUUGCCAUCGAGUCUUUAACCGCAAUGACGCUGCACGCAAACACGAGCGUAACGCACACCCGCUUGGCUAGGUGGAUCAUGCGAAGUAUUGAACGUGGUAGCGCUGGUCCCUGUGUUGGAUCGCCUGUGGCACUGAUCCAGUCACAGCGCAGAUAUGAGGCUGGCCUCUCGACCAAAGUCGUUUUCCAGCGGCAUCGUGCAGAAAGCUUAUCUCUGGUACGAGACCGCGGGCAUUAUGAAGACAGCCUUUGGAAGCGAGGCGACUAUGCAGCUUUCCACAAUGAGCCAACAUUGCAGAUGCCCACCUGUACUGUUACUAUUGAACCUUGUACUGGCCUUCCCAUGGUCUGUGGCACAAGGACCUCGUGGCAUUAUGCAGCCAUAUUACAUGCAGCGAGCGUUAGGAAGCCUAACCCACGUCAGGCUGAGACCAUGGCGUCUCUGAACGUUGGUGCAGUAUAA